UCACAGCCCUAAGAGCUGAGGCGUGCCCGCCACCUGGUGGUCAAGGGGAUGAUGUGCUGGUUUUCAGUCCGGGACCCCGCCCUGAGAGCCUUAUGAAAGCUUCCUCACUUCUCAGAGCCUCCACCUCCCAAACACCUCACUCAGGUUUCUGCCUUCUGAAACCUCACAACGGCCAUGAUGUUUACUCCGUGAGUGCUCAGGAGACUCACUCCGACCAUAUCCAAACGAUUUUCAGCCCUUUUAGGAUUUCCAUUUCCAUCUUUGAGGACACAGCAACAAGACGAUUUUUAACAGUUGUGUGUGUGCACGGACACAGAUGUGCACACUGUGGCACUAGCACAGAGGUCAGAAGACAACUUUCUACAGUCACCCUUUGACUCUGCUGUGUGAGCCUCUCCAGCCAGCUUGGGCUUGCCAGGAGGACACGCCCCUUUCACUUUCUAUAAGGGCUGCAGCUCCCUGGGCACUUUGCUUCCUCCUAGGUCUGCAGCAGCUGGAGCCUGGUCUUCUAGGCAGCAGCCUUCACCAUGGAGCAGCUGAGUACAGCCAACACCCUCUUUGCCUUGGAGCUGUUCCACAGCCUGAGUGAAAACAGCUCCACAGGAAACAUCUUCAUCUCUCCCUUCAGCAUCUCUUCUGCCCUGGCCAUGGUCUUCCUGGGGGCCAGAGGCAACACUGCAGCCCAGCUCUCUAAGACUUUUCAUUUUGAUGCAGUUGAUGACAUUCAUUCAAGGUUUCAAAGCCUGAAUGCUGAAGUGAGCAAACGUGGAGCUUCUCACAAACUGAAACUUGCUAACAGACUGUAUGGAGAGAAAACCUACAGUUUCCUUCCUGAGUUCUUGACUUCAACUCAGAAACUGUAUGGUGCUGGCUUGGCUCCUGUGGAUUUCCAGCAUGCCUCUGAAGAUGCAAGGAAGGAAAUAAACCAGUGGGUCAAAGGUCAAACAGAAGGGAAAAUUCCAGAACUGUUGGCUGUGGGCGUGGUUGACAGCAUGACCAAACUUGUGCUAGUGAAUGCCAUCUACUUCAAGGGAAUGUGGCAGGAGAAAUUCAUGAAACGGGACACAACCGAUGCUCCCUUCCGACUGAAUAAGAAAGACACAAAAACAGUAAAGAUGAUGUAUCAAAAGAAAAAAUUUCCAUUUGGUUACAUUCCGGACCUGAAGUGCAAGGUGCUGGAGAUGCCUUACCAGGGCGGAGAACUUAGCAUGAUCAUUCUGCUGCCUGAAGACACUGAGGAUGAGUCCAUGGGUCUUAAGAAGAUUGAGGAACAGUUAACUUCAGAAAAACUGCGUGAAUGGACCAAAUGUGAGAACCUGGAAACCAUUGACGUCCAUGUCAAAUUGCCCAGGUUCAAGUUGGAAGAGAGCUACACCCUUAACUCCAACCUUGGCCGCCUGGGAGUACAGGAUCUGUUCACCAGCAGCAAGGCUGAUCUGUCUGGCAUGUCAGGAUCCAGAGAUCUCUUCAUAUCAAAAAUUGUCCACAAGUCCUUUGUGGAAGUGAGUGAGGAGGGAACAGAAGCAGCUGCUGCCACAGGGGGCAUUGCUCUCUGCAUGUUUUUGCCUGAGGAAGAAUUCACAGUGGAUCAUCCAUUCCUUUUCUUCAUUCGGCACAACCCAACAGCUAACCUGCUCUUCCUUGGCAGGGUCUGUUCCCCAUAAAAGAGACUUUAGAAAUAAAAGGAAGAGCUUAGAGUUUCAUUGCCUGAGAUUUUAACAGUGAUUAUUUUCAUUUAUCCUUGCCAAUAAAACCUCUAUCCAGAAA